CGCGCGGCUCCGGGCGCGGCGCCUGCACCAUGAACUACCAGCAGCAGCUGGCCAACUCGGCUGCCAUCCGGGCCGAGAUCCAGCGCUUCGAGUCGGUCCACCCCAACAUCUACUCCAUCUACGAGCUGCUGGAGCGCGUGGAGGAGCCGGUGCUGCAGAACCAGAUCCGGGAGCACGUCAUCGCCAUCGAAGAUGCCUUUGUGAACAGCCAGGAAUGGACAUUAAGUCGGUCUGUCCCGGAGCUCAAAGUGGGGAUCGUGGGCAACCUGGCCAGCGGCAAGUCGGCGCUGGUGCACCGGUACCUGACGGGCACGUACGUCCAGGAGGAAUCUCCCGAAGGUGGCAGAUUCAAGAAAGAGAUUGUUGUUGAUGGACAGAGUUACCUGCUGCUGAUUAGAGAUGAAGGGGGCCCCCCGGAGGCACAGUUUGCCAUGUGGGUGGACGCUGUUAUAUUUGUCUUCAGCUUGGAGGACGAGAUUAGCUUCCAGACUGUCUACCACUAUUACAGCCGGAUGGCCAACUACCGGAACACAAGCGAGAUCCCUCUGGUUCUGGUGGGCACCCAGGUUGCCCAGAAGAUCGUUGCCACAAGGAAGAAGCAGCAGCUGUCCAUCGGACCCUGCAAGUCGCUCCCUAACUCUCCCAGCCACUCGUCCGUCUGUUCCGCACAGGUGUCUGCCGUGCACAUCAGCCAGACAAGCAACGGAGGUGGGAGUUUAAGCGACUAUUCCUCUUCCGUCCCCUCGACGCCAAGCACCAGCCAGAAGGAGCUGCGCAUCGACGUGCCCCCCACUGCCAACACGCCCACGCCCGUCCGGAAGCAGUCCAAGCGCCGGUCCAACCUGUUCACCUCUCGGAAAGGGAGUGACCCAGACAAAGAGAAGAAAGGCCUGGAGAGCCGAGCGGACAGCAUCGGGAGCGGCCGAGCAAUCCCAAUUAAACAGGGCAUGUUGCUGAAGCGAAGCGGCAAAUCACUGAACAAAGAGUGGAAGAAGAAAUACGUCACCCUGUGUGACAACGGCGUGCUGACCUAUCAUCCAAGCCUACACGAUUACAUGCAGAAUGUCCAUGGUAAAGAGAUUGAUCUCCUGAGAACCACUGUGAAGGUCCCGGGGAAGAGGCCCCCCCGAGCCACCUCGGCCUGCGCGCCCAUUUCCAGCCCCAAAGCCAACGGCCUGUCCAAGGACAUGAGCAGUUUACACAUCUCACCAAAUUCAGACACGGGGCUGGGCGACUCCGUGUGUUCCAGCCCAAGCAUCUCCAGCACCACCAGCCCCAAGCUCGACCCGCCCCCCUCCCCUCACGCCAACAGAAAGAAGCACCGAAGGAAGAAAAGCACCAGCAACUUCAAAGCCGACGGUCUAUCGGGCACCGCCGAAGAACAAGAAGAAAACUUUGAGUUUAUCAUCGUGUCCCUCACUGGCCAGACGUGGCACUUUGAAGCCACCACAUAUGAAGAGCGAGACGCGUGGGUCCAGGCCAUCGAGAGCCAGAUCCUCGCCAGCUUGCAGUCGUGCGAAAGCAGCAAGAAUAAGUCCCGGCUGACAAGCCAGAGUGAGGCCGUGGCCUUGCAGUCGAUACGAAACGUCCGAGGGAAUUCCCACUGUGUGGACUGCGAGACCCAGAAUCCUAACUGGGCCAGUUUGAACUUCGGGGCCCUCAUGUGUAUCGAGUGCUCAGGGAUCCACCGGAAUCUUGGCACCCACCUUUCUCGAGUGCGGUCUCUGGACCUGGACGACUGGCCCAUCGAGCUUAUCAAGGUGAUGUCAGCCAUUGGGAAUGAGCUGGCCAACAGCAUCUGGGAGGAGAACAGCCAGGGGCGGACGAAGCCUUCACUGGACUCCACAAGGGAAGAGAAGGAACGCUGGAUCCGGGCCAAGUACGAGCAGAAGCUCUUCCUGGCCCCGCUGCCGUGCACCGAGCUGUCCCUGGGCCAGCAUCUGCUGCGGGCCACCGCCGACGAGGACCUGCGGGCGGUCAUCCUGCUGCUGGCGCACGGCUCCCGGGACGAGGUGAACGAGACAUGCGGGGAGGUGGACGGCCGCACGGCGCUGCACCUGGCCUGCCGGAAGGGGAACGUGGUCCUGGCACAGCUCCUCAUCUGGUACGGCGUGGACGUCAUGGCCCGCGAUGCCCACGGGAACACGGCGCUGGCCUACGCCCGACAGGCCGCCAGCCAGGAGUGCAUCGACGUGCUGCUGCAGUACGGCUGCCCCGACGAGCGCUUCGUGCUCAUGGCCACCCCCAACCUGUCGCGGAAGAACAAUAACCGGAACAACAGCAGCGGGAGGGUGCCCACCAUCAUCUGAGGGGCAUCUGCGCCCUCCGGCCCGACACCCCGGGCGACCCAGCCGCCAGCAUCCUCUCUCGGAAGUGACGACACGUGAGUCCCGCCACGUCCCCUCACUCUCCCCUGGCGGUCACCUGCCACUCCACCUGCCACCCACCCUCCCUCCCUCCACCCAGCGGAAUCACAAAACCUGGACAGUCCUCAAGGGCCGAAGAGGAGGCCAGCCGACUGCAAGAUCGGUUUGUUUGUUUUUUUCCAUAAACUCCCCGAAUCGACAAAUAGGAGCGCCCGACGGGCCUUGGUUGGUUGACGAUAGCACACGGCGGCUCGGGACCCAGGUCCUGGUGGCCUGUAGACAGAGCAUGGCACAAGGGACAAGGGACAAGGGACAAGGCACGGGGACGAGCGGGGGAGGGGAGGCAGGCGUGAGGAGAGGGGAAACUCUCCUUAGCUGGCAGUUAAGCACAUCAGUACAUUUCACCUCUACCAAACGCAACGCUUGGAUUCCGUCUCUUCUCCGAGGAGCUUGACGGCAUAAAUCAGAAGCAAGCAGAGUUUGUCAGGUUUGAAGCCCCUAUGAUGGUAUGUGUCAAAUCAGUUGGAGCUAAUCUGUCCAGGGAGAAUACUGGCUUCAUUACACUUGUAUAGUUGAGUUCUUCCAGCAUUACCGCUGUUUAAUAGAACAUGAUUAGUCAUCACCGGGAAGAAAGCAUAUUAGCUGUGGAGGUAGUCACGCGGCACGCUCCGGUGAUUGCCACAAUGUGAUUGCAAUACUCGGAGAAGCAUCGUAUCAUCCCAGACAUGCUCUCCCAGGCCCUCGGAGCCUCCUUUCUAAAUUCACUGUCAUAAUUUAGUAUCUGUUUAAUUUUUCAGUCCAAAGAGAGGAAAUCCGUUGCUGAGUCUUAUUUGACUGCAGUCUCCUUUGCAAAAACAAAGAGGGAAAAAAUAAAUAACAACUCAGAAAUUCGAAAGGAGAUCACGAAUUCAACUAACAAUACCAUUUCGAGUGCAUUUAGUAACCUAAGUAAAUGCCUAAAAGGCUGUGUUCCCCCCCGUCCCCCGAACGUGAGAGAUGUUUUGUGUCCUUCUGCCCAGGCGGACGUGUUGGGUGUCAGGCACUCCGGGGCCGCGUUGCCCGAGUCACACACACAGGCUUCUGUAUCAUGUGUGUAGAUGUGUGGAAAUCUAUUUGAAUAAAAGAAGCAUAAAUAUGCAUUGAUUUUUGUACAGACAAAUGGCACCUCUGUUAAUUUAUAAAUUGAACUGGAUGUGAACUAAUAAUGUACAGCUAGUUGAGAUAAGAGGGUUACAGAUCAGUGUACAUGGAAAAUAUUCACAGCGGUAAACACUCCCAUUAAUGUGAUAUACAGCUUUUAAAAAGGAGCACAUCAGAAUACGAUGGUGGUACAAUUUGCUUAUUAAUAUCAAGAAAGAAAGAAAGAAGACACUGCAGCAUGUUAGCGGGGGAAAGAGGCGUGUGGUUUCUGGCCAUUGAGAGUAUGGCUUAGACCUGACACCGCUUUGGGCGAGGGAGGACCAGGCUCCGGCGAGGCCAGGCGUCAUUUCCCGAGUACUGGACCUGGCCGCUUGGCCAAGGUAGAUGGCGACUGCCGCCGGCGGUUCUGUGGCCCAGACUGUCCCAGGAGAAUCCCUAAGACUUCCUUGGUGGCCAGGCUCUCCAUUUUAGUAUGUCACCUGAUUUGCCAUCGUCAUGGUAUUAGCCCACUUCAUUCAGCCACCCCCAGCGUGGUGGCCAACAUAUUAAACCGAAUCAAGACACCGCAGGCUCAAAAGGAAAGGGGGUGGCUGUGCCUAGAGUCCUUUGGCAGAGUGGCGGGGGCAGGGGUUGUCACAGGGAAGCACAGUGCUGGGCUAAUGGAGCACAGGAGCACAGGGCCACAUUCUCCCGGCAGCUUCCGGGAGUUCCUGGCUCUCGUAUAUUAAACCUUCUGUUUUGUAAGAAUUUUUCCUCUUCUUUCCCUUUCACUAAAAAAUAAAAUAAUAAUAAUAAUUAAAAAAAAGUAGGUGGGAAAAAAUAAAGCUUUUCACAGGAUUUAGAUGUAGGUCAGUGUUUCAUGGACAUUUCUAACCUUCAUUCAGCUCAGUGGCACUUGGUGGCUCCCAGGAGUCACAGGGACGGAAGCCGCAGCUGGAGAACCUUGACAACAGGUCCGUAACCCUCCACCCGGUUUUUUAUUCUGUGUGUCAUCACUGUGUAGUUAUUUUAAAUGUGAAUAGGGGGUAAAAACGUCAGUGCCUAUUUUUGAAGAAGCAUUACUGUUCUAAGCCAGCUAGACGCAUCGCUCCACACAGACUCGAUGUGGGGAGCACAGAGGCAGUAGAAAUGAAAUUCUUAAGUUAUUUCAUUGUAGUGAAUUCCCACUAUAGGAAUGCUUUACCAUAGCGGAGCCUUCUUUUGAAAAGAAGCUAACUUCCUUGUGAGGCUUCUCUUUGGGAUGUAUAUGAGUGUGUACAUAUGAUUGUAUGUGUUUAUAAUAUAGUAUUUUCCCAAAUGGCUUCUUUUUUCACGUAGCCUUUCAUGGCCUGGAUGCUAGAUAUUUUUUCCCCCUCCCUCCAGCCCAGGGACUUCGCUGACUCCUCCUUAGAAAACUCGACCCUUCUCUUAGCGCUGACCGGCCCCAGCGGGCAGCCUGCUUCCUUGGGUUUGGGCACCAGAGGAGAGGCGGUGGUGGGUUUCAGGGCUUUUCUUUUCAAGUAAAGGUGACUGGCAGCUAGUCCGUUUGUAUCUCGGUGUCAGACUAGAAGCCCUUCUCUCUCAUCUUAAGGCUUUACUAACACGGAGGCUGGAGAAGCGAGGACACAGGGCCAGGGUUAGAAAUCACCAGUUUGCGAAAGGGGUCGAGUUCUCGUUGUUUCUUUCCGUGUAAGUUCUAUGAUGUGACAGCGACAUGAGAAGCCACCACUGCAGAACCCACUUACCCUUUCUGUUCAGAAUUAGCAUCUGCCCUUGGAGGAGAAACCACCCAUUGGGGAAGGCACGUGAUGAACAGGCAGGAGGGUAGAGGCUGUUCCCUUGGUGACCUGGACAUAUUGUGACCUCGCUGGGUUCCUUCUGUGGCCAAGAAAACCCUGAGGAGAAAGGAGUCUUGAUUCUGACCCCACAUGAUCGGGCCUUGAGUACUGGGGGGGACAGAGGGCUUACCAAGCCCACGGCCCCGGGGGUGGCCCCUGGUCCCUUCCGUCUCCUGUCCCAGGAGAUGAGCCACUCGAGGGUGAGCAAGUGACCUAGUCUUGAGUCUUGGGUCCCACAAGCAGGCGCAGUGUCCUACCUUCCCGUAAGCACACACCAAGUGUAGUUACCCUAGAAAGCAAGUGCAGGCAGCAGGGUGCUUGCUGAUCACAGGGCUCGCAGGUGCCGGAGAGGGCACCUCUUACUGCCUGACUCGGGGCUGAAACCCCUGAAGUGGCACCUUCUCUGCAGGGCCGUGAGUCCGGACGGUGGCCGUCCCAGCACCAGUGCAGGGCCUCGGGGUUCCUUCCGCCCCCUCCUCUGAGGUGCCGUCCAGCCUGAGGAGGUCUGCCUAGACCCAGACUCUACCGCCCAGCGUAGGCACCGGUCCUUCGCAGUUUGGAGAGACCUGCACAUCCUCCACAUUGGCGAAGGAGCUGUCACUGACUUCAUUAGGGCAAAACACGUCUAACAAGAAAGCCAGCCCAGGGGCCACACAGACCAGGGUCACCUGGCUUUGUUGUCCCACCUGUGCAGCCUUGGGCAAGCAUCCAGCUUCUCGGACUCUUUCCUUACCUGUGACACUAGGGUGAUAUUUCAGAGCAGUGUCAUCAGUGCCAGCCCAAUGCCCUGCCAGGAGCUAGGAGCUCCAGAAGUGGGCGUGAUUGCUCAGAACAGGAACAUGGACAGGACCAGAUCCAGACCACGUGCCUGAGAAGCUGGCCCUGCGCUGGCAGCACGCCCUCCAGCCCGUGCGCUGGGGAGUCGGCGAUGGCCUCUGUGCCAGCCCCCCUCCAUUUGAGCCCCUGCUCCUCCUCUGCUUAGCCUGUUGGUGCUCUGAGGGCCCCUACCCCCAGAGCCCCUCCUAAAAGGGAUAAGCCCAAACUGCCCAAUUACCAUCUCGUCAGCUCCAUUUAACCAAAACUUCCCCUCCAUCUUUUUCAUCGGAGAUUGAUUCUCCAGAGGCAGAGAAAGGGUUGGGUCUCGCCUCAUGCCAUUCACUCAGGUUGCCUUAGGCCCAAGAUGACCACUUGUCUCUCCUACAGCGGGUUGUGUUGGCGCAGACAGGCCUGCCCCCAUUCAGAUGCCACCUCCAGGCACCGAGAGGCUGCAGUGACACAAGUAUUGGUCCUCGUUUCCAUGGUUUCUGCCCACUUCCUUUAAAAGUCAGAGCUUGCUGGAAGGACCCUGGGUGGCAGAAUGUGUCUCUAGGCUCUCCUGCCCGUCUCUCUGCCUUUUUCUCUCCCUCAUCAGUUACACGGUUAGACGGUGAGCAUCCACUCGCUGGAGCUAGCUGUCUUCCCUUCCAGGGGACCUUGAAGUUGUCUUGUGCCUGCACUUGGUGAUCACAUCUUCCCCCUCGAGACUGACCGUCAGGUCCUGCCCAAGCCCCCACCUGAGCAGUGCUCAUGGGUGACUUGGGUUCCCCGUGGCUCCAACUCUGCCAACCCUUCCUCCUUGCAUUUAAAAUGUUCUGGAAAUGACGGGGAAAUCCAUAUUUCUACCUAGGGAGGUUCUGAAACCUUGCAACAAUAUAGAUCCUCUAAGAGUGAGUAAGAAGAGUCUCAAAAACUUCUGAAAAGGCGAAGAUAAUUGGAAAGCAGAUCUGUUACCCUGGUGGGCUGCCUCCCUUCCCCCACAAACCCACAAGGUCAGCACAACUGUUCUAGAACUCCCCUGGAGGGUAUUUAUGUCCUUCAAGCAAACAAAUUGAAAAGCAGUCAAGAAAGAAUCCAAAUAGAAAUGUGCUGAAGAUACACAUCUUUCUUUCCCAGGAAACAGAAUUUAUUUCUGACCGCCUCCUCGCACGUGGGUUUCACACGCUGUAAAGCCCCGUCUCCGAGUGAGUUUUACCCUUGUACUUCACCCAGGAGUUAAAUAAGGGCCUUAGGCAUCAAGACGUGCGUUUUUCCCUCUUAGCCGUUGUGGACGUGUUUUUUUACAUUCCCAGGUGGCUUUCUUCAGGAAGCCCAGUGGUCAGUGGGUCCUGGUGUGGGCCUCACCCCUGUGCGGCCAGGCCAGGGUCCCCAGGUGUGCUGCUGCGUGGGCAGGGGUCACUCCCCACCAGGCCUGCUGAGGGGCGGGGUCUGCCCUGCCCCACCCGUGCGUCCUUUGUCACUCAGGCAUCUAAGUGGGGCGGCCUUUCAGUCAGUUGCUUUCCCGUUAUGCAGGAGAGAGAAGGGGCGGGUUAGCCACUUGGGGUGAAUGCACGCAGCCCUCAGACUUCUCCUUCCAUCACUGCCUGGAAGCCCAGAUGCCACAACAUCCGUGAUUAGAGAGAAACAGCGCCACUCAGGGUCGGGACGCCCCUGUCGGGCCCCUUACCUCUCACCUCACGAGGAAGAAGGACCAGGGAACGACUUCGGCGUUAAUACUUCAGAAACACAGAUAUCCUGCCCCUUAGAGAAGACAUGCUGUUCUUAAAUAGAUUCCCUAAACAAUAUCCACGGAUUCCCUGUUUAGUUUUGGAAGUCUGCUGCUUUUUUUUUCCAGUUUGGGUUUUUCAGUUUGGGUCCAAGUUGAAAUUAGAGAACAUCUCAUCAGUAGGAGAGUCUGUAAAACCAAAAAGUCUGUUUUUAAUCUGUGACUGUAAAAACUCCCAGGUUCUAGAAGUAUUUCCGUUUCCCCGGUGUGGCAAACACCCUCCCCAAGCAAGGGUUCCGCGACUGUAAGUUUGACAACCUCUCCUUGCCGCAUUUCAGUUGCGAGGGGCUGGUUUUGCUGUCAGGCGGCAGCGUUUGGCUCUGGGUCUUCACCUGGUGGCUAGAAGGCCCUUGUCUGAGGCCCUCAGCCCUUCUGAAGGGUUGUGGUGCUGGGAGGUGGGCAGGGUCGGGCAGCGUGCCCCGCAGAGCCCGCUGUGGCUCUGAAAGCUGCAGGUGUUCGGAUGUGAGCGCCCCUGGUUACUUGGACAGACAGGCUCCGGCUUCUAGCCAGGUGACACCGUGCUGGCAGCCACUUGAUGUGUGUGAGGCUUUCGUGCGUGUGCUAGAUGCCAGCUCAGGGCUGAUUUUUUAUGUUGGCAUCUGUCUAGAAGGACUCCAAGGGUGGUGACAAGCCAUAUGAGAGUGACACGCCCUUUAGGACUGAGUAGACUUCAGUGUCAGUGGGAAGGGACUGCAUGACCUUUGUCCCGAGAGGCAGGCAGGUGAAAGAAAGGAACGACUGUUGGCAAACCUUCCAAUGGAACAAGCCCCUUAAUACCCCAGAUGUCGGGACAGUGGCCCCCAAGUCAGAUUAUGCCUUCAUCUCCCAGUGACAGGCAGCGUCCACAUAGGCCUGGGAAGCUAAGGACUGAGCUGGCUGGAAAACUUGUGAGUGGAGACCUCACCCCAAGCCCUGGAAGCCCGCCGGGUGAGGGGCUGCUACGUAAAAGUGCAGACGUGUUGGGCUGAAUGAGCACGUCGGGGACCUUGCGCUCCCGGUGUAGCCCCAGGACUAGGCUCCCGAGCGAGCAGCUCCUGCAAAGACGUGCCCGGCCCGGCCCGGCCUGUGCGGAGUCCUCGGGGGAACCGGCCAUCCUGCGUGGGCCCUGCGGGGCGGGAGGUCAGAGGAUCGGCCACGGCCGGGGCCUUAGCUGCCGCUGCCCACGCGAGCACCGAGCACGCAGCGCCCCGCAGCCCCACCCUGGGGUCCCCGCAGCUUUCUCCCCACGGCAGAUGCCGGCGCACACGCGGCCUGACAGGCGUGGGGCCGCUCCGUGGCGGCCGUGCAGUGGGCGUUCGCACGUCCUGACGCUACCGUGGAAAGGAUGCUUUCUGCGGACCUCGGAAAGCAUCGCGGUCUCCCUCCUCCCGCACCUGGGUGUUUGCGUCUAAAAUGUAUCAAAUUCUGGAGGUUGCUGCGCCCGCGGGGGCCUGAGCGCCUGCGCGCGGGGGCGGGUGUGGCGGGGGGUCCAGGGGGGGUCCAGGGCACGUGACCAGAGGCUCGCUGCUGAGCCCGGAGGGAACCCGCGGACGAGCCGGCUGCGCCCCGCUGGCCACGAGGACGUCCGGGAAGGGCCUCCUGCCCCAGACAGCCCCCGUCCUGCCCACGACUCCGAAUGGGGUUCCCAUCCAGCCGCAGGGAGUGUUUCCGAGAGGGGCCCCCGGAGCUAGGCAGGGGCGAUGACCAAGAGGCGUUCAUUUCCAGGAGGGAGCCGGGAAGGCCGGGCCUGGGCCCCUCACAGCACACUUUUCUCUUUCUGUAAAUAGCGAUGUAUAGAAGAUGGACCAGCAGCCUGGGGUUAUCAGAGACGGGUUGGUUUUCUGUUUUGUUUUGGUUUUUUGGUUGUUUUUAUAUUACCUCAUUCAGCAAGUUUAUGUUUCACAAUGACUCAAUGAUGCUUUAUUUAUAUUGUUUGUACUGUAAUUAAAACCAUUGACAGACAUUUCACUUUGCUUGUUAUUUCAUAUGAUCUUGUUUUGAUUAAAUAUGCCAGUUUGUAUUUCCCUGCCUGGGGAUUUUUUGUGUGUCAGCUGUACAGUAUUCUAAGGGGGAAAAUGAAGAAAAAGAAAAAUGUGUAAAGUAAUGGGAGAGAGGUGCCCAGAGUGUAGAGGCCUCUUUCUAAUAAAGAACUGAAACUAUGUCUGCACCGUU